CCUAUUUAUUGUGUGUGGUGUAAGCGACAAUAUCGGAUUUGUUAUUAUUUUGGAAACUUCUAUCUGUCUAUCAGGGCCUGACAUACUUACCAAAAUGGCAAUGGCAGAUACUUUAUUCUUUAACGGGAAACAGGAUAAAUACCCGUACCAUGUCAACUAUCCUCCGAACGUCCCUAAAUAUCCAAGUUCUCAAGAAAUGUUCCGACGGGAAGUUCCUGAAAAAUAUACCAGGAUAAUCGGAAGAAAGUCGACACAGCAUUGGACUGACAAAUGGUACGAUUCUGGAUACCCAACCCUUAGAAGGGAAGAAUUACCCAAAGUAGCUGAUCGACACGAGCCUUGCAACCAGCCCUGGCAAUACCAACUAGGCGUGUCAGCCGUGCCGAAGUGGUCAAAAGAGGGGAAGGAUUGGCCUGUCUCUUCUAGCUACCUUAAACAAGGACGACCACCAACAGAAACCACACGCGCCCGUGGCAUCAAUCGUCUGUCCCUCCCAAAAGAAGAGAAUUUCUAUCCUUUCUCUAACUAUAUGACAUCGACCUACCGAAAGCCAGUUUAUUCCAUAUUUGGACCUCUACAGAAACGACCAGUAUACGGUGUAACACACCAACACAACAGACAUGGGUUCAUGUCCUUUGAAGACUAUUAUUAGAUACAUUCGUUUACAGAACUUUCUAUAAACGUUUAAAUGAUCGCAUUUUAUCACAUAGAUGCAUUUGUGUUCAUUUUGCAAUAAAUAUUUCCAUCAAAUAUAUCCAAAUCUUGAAUACCUUUUUUUUUUUUUUUUUAAACUUUAUGUGAAUACUUUAAACCAUGAAUAUGACCACUAUUCUGUAAUUGAGCAAAAUCAGUACAAUUAUGACCUAUAGUAGUAAUAAAUAUUUGUUGUAAAAAAAAAUAACAUAGUGUUGGCAAUGCUUUUUCUAAUGACCUUGUGUUUAAUAUAUACAUUGCGAUUUUUAAUGGUUAAGUUUGUUAUGCUAUAUAUUGUGAUAUUAUUGUUACACAUUUAUUUUUUGUCAAAACAUGCAACUUUUGCGUGGGAAAUUGGGUGUUUGUAUUUAUUUUUUUGACGUUUUUUAGCUUUUGUCAAGGUACUCUUACCAUUACUAUGAUUUUUCUCUUUUUUCAAAUUAUUAUAUCAUGUCUCCCCAAAUCCUCUGGCGUUAAUUUUCGUCUUCAAUGCUUUCCAAAUGUAGGUUAGCUUUGGUUUAUAUUAAAUUUAUCAAAAAGCAUCAACUUCACGUUUUUGUGCCAUAUCUCCUUUGAAACAGAUUGUAUGUUCCAUGUUUAAUGAUUUAAUCAUUUAUAAACAGCUUUUAUAUCUAUGUAGCUUUAUGUUACAUUUCUAGAAAUAUACAGUGAUUCUUCUUUUUAUAUGUUUAGCAUGUUAUGUUUAUUCUGCUUGUUACUGUUAAACUAUAUUUAUAUGGAAUAAAAGUAUGCUCACGAA